AUGUCGUCUGAUACAAAGCAACAAAAGAAUGCCAAAUUUGGGCAUCUGCCUCUGUCCACAUCUGGACCACAGGAGACCACACUGACUGGCAAUGCACUCCUACGAACCCCAUACUUCAACAAGGGUUCAGCCUUUACGAAGGAAGAGCGCGAUACCUUUAAGCUUCAUGGCCAUCUCCCCACCAACAUCCAGACCCUCGACGAGCAGGUCAAGCGCGCAUACGCCCAGUACACGUCCCGACCAAACGACCUUGCGAAGAACACCUUCAUGACGAGCCUGAAGGAGCAGAAUGAGGUGUUGUACUAUAGACUCAUCCUCGAUCACCUCAAGGAAAUGUUCUCUGUUAUUUACACUCCCACCGAAGGCGAAGCGAUAGCCGACUACUCCAAGAUCUUCCGACGGCCUGAGGGUUGCUUCCUCAACAUCGACGAUGCAGACCGCGUAGAGGACGAUAUAAAACAAUGGGGCAAUCCCGAAGAUAUCGACCUGAUAGUCGUGAGCGACGGACAGCAGAUACUGGGCAUUGGCGAUCAGGGCGUAGGAGCCAUCCUGAUCAGCGUAGCCAAGCUCGUCAUAUACACGCUAUGCGCUGGCAUACAUCCUUCGCGGACGCUGCCUGUAGUCCUUGAUUGUGGCACCGAUAACAAAGAUCUCAUCAACGACGAGCUAUACCUGGGCAUGCGAAAAGAGCGGGUGUAUGGCGACAAAUACGAUGACUUCGUCGAGAAGUUCGUAAGGGCUGCAAAGAAGCAUUACCCUAAAGCAUACAUCCACUUCGAGGAUUUUGGUCUAAACAACGCACGAAGGAUCCUAGAUAAGUACACACCUGAGAUUGCAUGUUUUAACGACGACGUACAAGGGACCGGCUGUGUAACGCUCGCAGCCAUCAUGGCAGCUUUUAAAGUGAGCGGAACUAAAUGGGAAGAAGCUCGGUUUGUUAUGUUUGGUUCGGGAUCAGCGGGUACAGGAAUUGCAGACCAGAUUCAAGAUGCUAUCACCCAAAACACUGGAAAGUCAAAAGAAGAAGCUGGACGCCAGAUUUGGUGCGUUGAUAAGCCUGGUCUCCUCUUACAGGGCAAGAAAGAUCAGCUUACUCCCGCUCAACUUCCCUAUGCACGAGACGACAAGGAGUGGGAAGGCAAAGAGCACGGCGACCUGCUGUCUGUCGUCAAAGAAGUGAAGCCACACGUGCUCAUUGGUACCUCGACCAAGCCUGGAUCCUUCUCGGAAGACGUCGUUCGAGAAAUGGCAAAACAUGUCGAACGCCCGGUCAUCUUUCCACUAUCAAACCCAACCAAGCUCCACGAAGCCAAGCCGCAAGACCUGUAUGACUGGACCGAUGGCAAAGCGCUGGUUGCGACAGGUUCGCCGUUCCCGCCGGUCAAGCACAAUGGCAAGGAGUACGAUAUCUCUGAAUGCAACAACUCGGUAACAUUCCCUGGCAUCGGCCUCGGUGCAGUCCUCUCUCGAACCCGCCUUAUGACACCCGCCCUCCUUGUUGCAGCUGUUCAAGCUCUCGCCUCGGCAGCUCCCGUCCUCAACAACCGUGGAGCCGGUCUCCUUCCAGAUGUCGAAGACGUACGCGAGAUUAGCGUUCAAAUAGCGAGGAGCGUAAUCAAGAAGGCUGUAGAGGAUGAUUUGGCCCAAGAGAAGGACAUACCGAGCGACGAUGCAGAGUUGGAAGAGUGGAUCAGAGAGCAGAUGUGGGAAGCAGAAUACCGUCCGCUGAAAUUGGUUGAGCACAGCAACGCAACUGCGCAUGCAAGGGGAGAAGCAGGCACGGCGAGUGGGCAGAGGGAGGCAAAGCAUUAA